AUGUCAUUGACUCGAAGCGCUAUCAAUGAGCUAUGUGGCUAUAUACAGGAAAAAUGCAGUACGAUAUUUGGAAACAAGUAUUGGGAUUGUCGAUUCGUAUGCGCAGUUGAAUAUGGUACUAAACCAGAUAAAUAUGAGACACGCAUAUUCACCCUAUCGAAAUUUCGAGUAUUCAUUGUGCAUGGCAAAACACCGGCGUCCAUUAAAGUGGAUCGUUGCUUCCAUUUACUAUCGAUUAAAACGAUGCAAAUUCUCAGCGACAACGAGGUUUGCUUGGGUUUAGACGAAACUACCGCAAAAAAACGGAUAUUUUUCCGUUGUGAAAUACCGGCAAGAGAUCUGGCAAUUCAUAUUUUAUCCGCCAUAAAACACUAUUUUCCAGACUCUGCAAAAAUGCUUAAGUCAAUAAUAGAAUUAACUCCUAAUGAUUUAUAUCAAGAAUUUCUAACGCUUCCAUGUAGCAAACCGCUUCUGGCUUGCCAUAACUUCCGUAGGUCUUACGCAGCACUAUGUGAUUUCUACGAUCAACCUUUCCGAGAGGAGGUUGUUUGGGAUGUUGAGAAGAUCUACGCAUCUCAUCGGCUUCACGUCUUGCGAUUGGAUGAUUUCACACAUUUAUUACCGAGAGAUUUGGUACCAAUUUUAUCUGUUUGUCAGUUUUCAUCAUUUUUUACUGGCAUUCAUGUGGAUGGAAUCAAACUGGCAUCCGAUUUGAUUGAAGUGAUCUUAAUGAUCAUACGACGCUCUCAGUCGCUUAUCUCUCUCAUUCUCAAAAAUUGUUCGUUACCUAGGGAUUUUAUGAGUCUAUUCGCAAACGCACUUCAAUCAAAUAUCGUGAUUCCGUUGGAAACAAUCGACUUGUCGAAGAACGCUCUCGAUGAUAAAAAAGGUUUUGUCACACUGAGUUCGUUAAUCUCGAGGGUAUCUACACUGCGCAGCUUAACGUUAUCUGAAUGUAUCAUAUCCGAGAAAUGCGUCAACCUCGUUGCAUCGGGUCUUCUUCAAGCUCUUAAACCCAACACAGGCGCACAACAGUUGCAUCUCGUCGCCAUUGAUUUCUCAGGCAACCCUCUUAAGGAUGAAAUGAAUGAUCUUCAACAACUGUUAUCCAUUUGUACCAGUUUGCGAUCCAUUAACUUAUCCGAUACAGGCUUUAAUCUUGACAAAUUGUGGCCCUCUUUGAAAUUCGGAGGAUUACAACUGGAGACUUUGAAUUUGGCGGGUUGUCAGUCAGGUCGUCGCAAUAAAGACAACGUUCAGAAUAUUAAGGAAUACUUCUCUACAGCCGUAGCUUUAAAGCAUAUAAAUUUUGCUGAUACCGUCAUGUGUUCUGAUCUGCUCAAAGCAUUAUUGCUCGGAUUGGCUAGUAAUCAACAAUUGAAACCGUACACUCUUAUACUUGAUAAUGUAUGUGAACGAGGUUGUUCAUCGGUGCUUGAGACGUGUAUUGGAGGCGUUGAUGCGAGUCAUUUAUCGUUACGCGAUAACGCGCUCGAAGCAGAGGCGUUAUCCGUAAUUGCGAGCGCUUCACAUAUGCCUCAUUUGAAAAGACUGGAUUUAAGUGGCACUAAUUUUACGAAUCUCAGACGAAGUGCCAAACAUGCAGCUACACUGAACAAUAUCUUGUUAGAGGUCGUUAAAUUGAUCGGUGAAGAAGAUUCGCAACUGAAUGAACUGGUGCUAUCCGACUGUCGUUUGAGUUCUCAUUUGAGUGUUCUUUUGAAUACACUUGGAGUGGCUUCUUCACUUCUAUACCUCGAUAUAACUGGUAACGAGAUGGGCAAUUUUGGCGCACGUUUACUGGCGAAGGCAUUACAAAUUAACGUAUCAUUAAAAACAAUUUUAAUUGAUCGAAAUCAAAUAACUGGCGAUGGCUUCGCCGAUAUAGCUCACGCACUCAAAUUGAAUAACACGUUGACAUCAAUGCCUUAUCCGCUCAUCGAUGUUGCUGACUCGUUGAAUCGACCAGAUCGAGCUAAGACGCUUGCAGCUUUAAGCGAUAUAGAAGUGUCGUUGGAGAAGAACCGACGUGGUGAAGGACGUGGACAAGCUUAUUACAGAUUAGCCAUUUCAGCGCUUCAACAGGUUUUGAUUUGCAAUGAAUUCAUGGGUAGGAGUGGAAACGGCAAUGAUCACUUGUCGGAUUUAUGUGACAAGUUGGGGGUUGCUAUCGGAACCUUGAUCAGUGACGAAAAUUCAUCGCAGCAUUCAAUGUUUAACCUAAUUGAUGAGGCACUCAAUAAGCUUGAAUCGUGCAAUACUCAGUUCGUGAAGGAAGCACUAGGGCCGGUCAAACGAAUAGCGGAUGCGGAAGGCCUUGAUGUACGUGUGCCGCCACCAAUCGAUAAUAAUUUAGCAGCUCGAAGAACGCUUAUUAAUCAGAUUGCCGAUUAUUUAUGUGAACUGAAAUGGAAGGGUACGAAUGCAGCCAUCGAAAGUGUUAUUCUGGAUUUCCGAACGCAAUUCAAUACAGAUGAUAAACGUAGCAUCGGUAGUUGGCAAAACAAAAAUGAUAGGUCUCCGGUUGUUGACAAAUCUGAUUCAUUCAGUCGUUCAACUCAGAAAUCCUCACAUCGUCCAAAAUCGGUCGUAACUGAUCUAUGUAACGGUGAAUCAAUUGAGGAGAAAGUGAGUUUCGAGUUACCGCCAACCACAUCUGCACUAAAUCAUAUCUCUAAAACACGACCAAAGCCUGCUCGAAAAACGAAUCAAAUACAUCGGCGAGCGAUGGCACGUGCAAUGGAAGAAAGUAUGGAUAGUGCGAUGUGUGCAAGUAGUGAGUGUGAUGAUAAUUCAGCUGUAUAUGACAUAGCUGCCGAUGAGCGUUUAUCAAGUCCCGAAUUCAGCACGGGUCAACAGACUGAAGUUGCACCAGUGGAUGUUCGUUAUGUACCUUCGUCGUCCUCUCCAGCUAGUGUUUAUCCAUCAAAUCGACCGGCAUUGUUACCACCUUCCACCGUUUUAACCCCGCCACCACCCCAUCAUCAAUCACAAUUAAGUACUAUUGCAAGUGCUAUUUCAGUGCCUGUAUCGUUACCAAACACUACCCAGUCACCAUUAACUCAGUCUUCACCACGUUCUUCAGUCACACUAACCCAACAACAAUCCAUUAACACUUCCAAUGGAAUGGCAUCUUCCAAUGCUCCUCAAACAACCUCACAAACCCAUCCUCAGCCCGUAGUAUUAUCUUCUUCCCCAUCUUCAUCAACAGCUCCUCCACCGAUUGUACCGCGUCGUAAUCGAGUAGGACCAGCAUUAACGCCGCCUUCAUUACCACCCAAGCCUGAAUCGGUGCAUGUUCGACCGGCGAGUUGUGCGAUUGAAGAUGAAAAUGCCAACAGUCGACGUUCGGUCGCCGAUAUGGCGAGAAUGUUCUCAUCUUCGGAAACACCAUUUGUUCGUCGUACCUAG